AUGUCUACGUACUUCAAUCCGAAUAUUCAACCACAGUCAACACAAAUGCAGCCAUCAUUGAGCCGAGCUCCAAGGAGGCUGGCAAACUCAACAAUUUUGGAAAACCCGGAUGGAUCGUUGGGUCAACUUCAACUCAACAGUAUGCAUCCAGAUGAUCCAUUCCAGCUCUCACGCUCUCAAAUUGCAGCUCGACAAGCCGUUUCCAAGGACUUACCACCAUUUUCCGGAAACCCUGAGGAUUGGCCGAUCUUCUUAUCCAUGUUUAAUAGUACUACCGCUAUGUGUGGAUUCACGGAAGAGGAAAACAUUGUGCGACUGCAGAAGAGUCUGAAGGGAAAGGCCUAUGAAGCUGUGAAGUACAGGUUAAUGCAUCCGGGAAAUGUUCAAGGAAUAAUGAACACAUUGAAGAUGCUCUAUGGCCAACCGGAAGUCAUCGUACAUACACUGAUUGAGAAAAUCAGCGCUCUACCGCCCAUUCGUGAAGAUCGCUUCGAAACGUUGGUUGAUUUCGCCGUCAACGUGCAGAAUUUCUGCGCCACAGUUGAUUCAUGCGGUCUAGAGGAGUACAUGUAUAACGUGACUCUUCUACACCAGCUCGUUGCAAAACUACCCCCAUCAAUCAAGCUGAAUUGGGCCCAGCAUCGGAAGGCGCAGUUUACGGUCAACUUGGCGACCUUCAGUGAGUGGAUUUAUUCACUGGCGGAAGCAGCAAGCGCGGUAACGUUUCCGACAGAACCGAUGCAUCCUAAACCAAUACGAAGCGAUGUUCGUCGGCAUAAAAAGGGAGAUGUAUUUCUCAACGCCCACAGUGAAAGUGCAGCAAAGUACGAAACGUACAAUAAGUCGCAUCAACACUUAUUGCAGAAAUCGAUAGCAAAGACAAAAGAUUCCUGUCCGGCGUGCAAAGGGAGCUGUAAGUUUUUAGAAAAAUGCAAGAGGUUUCUUGAGCUCUCGAGAGAUUCUAAAUGGGCGGUCAUCCGCGAGUUCGGACUUUGUCGAACAUGCCUCCGCCAACAUAAAGGACCCUGCAAAGCGAAACCUUGUGGCAAAGAUGGAUGCUCCUUCAGACACCAUGAGCUUCUUCAUAAUGAGCAGAAGGUGAAACGUCAAACGACUAAUCCAUUGGGACAUGAUGGCAACCGACAAUCUUCGGAACAUCCACCAUCACCGAGCGGUGCCGAGCGUGGGUGCAACACGCAUCAAGCAGCGUCGAGUCCGGUGCUAUUUCGCUACCUUCCAGUGAUUGUAUCCGGACCGGGAAAGCCAAUUCGCACCUACGCCUUUCUGGAUGAAGGAUCAGGAACUACGCUGCUGGAUCAAGAUCUAGCCGACGAGCUACAGCUGGUUGGUACACCAAGUCCAAUAUGCCUUCGAUGGACGGGUGGCACUGAGCGGUGUGAGAAGAACUCACGCAUGGUUCGACUACAAGUUGCUGGACAAUUCGAGAGCGCAAAGAAAUUUAGUCUAGAUGACGUACAAACGGUCGACGAGCUGCUACUACCUCAACAGACAUUGGAUUUCAAUGAUCUGAAGAAAUCGUAUCCGCAUCUCGCUGGACUACCAAUCAAAUCGUACAACGACGCUCGUCCUCGUAUCCUUAUCGGUACAAAACAUGCGCAGCUGGGGUUGACUUUGAAGAGUCGUGAAGGAGAAUUUGGUGAGCCGAUUGCAACCAAGACACGAUUAGGUUGGACAGUUUGUGGGAACCUAGGGUCUGGCAACACACUGAGUCACUGCAGCUUCCACGUGUGCUCAUCGAACGAACGAUCUGAUGAUGAUUUACAUCAGGCAAUGAAGGAGUAUUUUCGCAUAGAUAGUUUGGGAGCGACUAGCCCAGGCAAGCUACUUUUAUCCGUCGAAGAUGAGCGAGCGGAAGCACUUCUCAAGUCACUCACGCGCUUCUCGGGAGGCCGUUACGAGACCGGAUUGCUAUGGAGAUACGCAAAUGUCCGUCUGCCUGACAGCCGAUCAAUGGCGUUACGCCGUCACAGAUGUUUAGAGAAACGUAUGGUGAAUGAUCCUCAACUCGCAGAAGUGCUACAGCAGAAGAUAGACGAAUACGUGACAAAGGGAUACAUUCGUAGGCUCUCCAGCAAUGAGGUCCAUCAACAAUCGAACGACGUUUGGUUUCUGCCAAUCUUCCCUGUGGUCAACGCUAACAAACCCGGGAAGAUCCGAAUUGUGUGGGACGCAAAGGUGCAUGGAACAUCUCUCAACUCUGCUCUUUUAAAAGGCCCUGAUCUACUGUGCUCUCUUCUUGAGAUUCUACUACGAUUUCGAUUGUAUUCUGUAGCGGUAACGGGGGACAUACGCGAGAUGUUCCACCAAGUGAAGAUUCGCCGUGAAGACCAAGAGUAUCAAUGCUUCUAUUGGACGGAUCGGGACGGAAAAACUGUAAUUUAUGUCAUGACAGUAAUGACUUUCGGAGCAUGUUGUUCACCGAGCAGUGCCCAAUACGUCAAGAACAUUAAUGCGGAACGAUACAGAGAGGAGUUUCCAUUGGCGUGUGACGCAAUCGUCAAGUCGCACUACGUCGACGAUAUGCUGAUCAGUGUCGACACAGAGGAAGAAACGAUCAAGCUAGCAGAAGACGUCCGGCAUGUGCACGCACAAGGCGGCUUCGAAAUCCUGAACUGGACCAGUAAUUCCAAGAAUGUUGUAGCUACACUGCAAGACCAGAACGCGGAAGAAGAGAAAAGUCUAAACCUGUCAGCAGAAUUAGCUACCGAGAAGGAUCGGUUGGGACCGCUAUGA